GCACUCCAUCAGAGGAUUCAAAGCUCUACUGUUACAAAUUAACUUCAUUGCAGGCCACCCACUUUGGUACUCUCAAUUUUAGAUACCUCCCGUUUCAACAUUCCUUUUCUUUUUCCUUUGCUCCUCAAUCCUCAAUCCUUCAGAUUUCAGAAUUCCUGCCAAGAUUUCAGUUGGGAAUCUUUAAACAUGUCUUCCCAGUUCAAAUACUCAAAUGGGUUUUAGCAAUUCUGGUUUUACUGCAGAGUUGUGAUGUCAAGGCCCUUAGUUGAGAUGGCUCGGUGCUCCGAAGAAAUGGACAUUGCCAUUGAGAAAUUGCAACAAAAUUUUCAGGAGCUGCGGAACAACCUUGAGAAGGCGUUUUUAGAGCAGGGUAGAGCCUUGUUGAGGUUUGAAGCUCAAUGGAAGGAUCUUAAGACGGGACAUACGAGAGAGCUUGAGCAGCGUGAUCAGCAGCUGCAACAAAUGGGUAUAUCAGUACUUUCAACUUGGAGACAGCAAUUCCCUACUGCAACUCCAAAUCCCACCUUGCGCACGAAUAGUACUGCUCGAUGGAGUGAGACUAAUACACCUCUGCCUCUGCCUCUGCCUCCUAGAGAUAGUACAACAAAACUUUUUUGUGACAUAUGCAAAAUUUUUUGCGACACUAAGUUGGUACUUGAUAAGCAUAAAAUGGGGAAAAAGCACCAGAUGAACCUGGGGAAAAUGAGAGGCAAAACUGUUCCUGGACAAACGAGUAAGAAGAAGUCAGUUUCUCCACCUGAUGAGGAUUUGCAGACUAAGAAACGGAGGAUUAUUGAAGGCGGUGUGCCACCCCAAAGUUUAAGGACUUGUAGUAUAUGUAACGUGGUCAGUAUUAGUGCGACAGAUUUCUAUAAACAUAUUGCUGGACAGCGACAUAGAGAAGCUGCUGCAUCGAUGAGUAAUGCAGCUGGGACAAGUAGCUACGGCCAGCUGAGAAUAAGAAAUUAGGGUUGGAAACUUUGAAUAACUUUGUAAUUGGUAGUAUUUGUACACAGGAGAACCAGCCUCUGCUCAUUCAAACAAUUGACAUGUUUACAUAUUGUGAGGCUGUGUGUUUUUAAUUUAUUUACUUUACAAAUGUAUGCCUAGGUAUUCUUGUCUGUUUUAUGCAUCAUGUAUGAAUUCUGGGGAUCUUAAUAAACUGUGUAUGUUUCCUGUUAACUACUGAUUGGA